AUGUCUGUAAAGAGGGAUUAUAAGAGAGUGAAAAGGGAAUUGGAGGAGGAUCCUGAUUGUGAGAGCAAAGCGAAAUCCAAUGGCGAUGGCGAGGAGAAAUGGGAAGGAGACCAGUCUACACAAACCUGUCAUGCAGAGAAAAAAUUCCAUCACACCUGGGUUGGGGUUAUCCAGCGUAGUGGAACAACUAAGCUGCCCAAGAAAUCAUGGAUGAACACUCAUUGUAUGAAAUUGAACAGCAAACAGAAACGUGCCAGAAUAGGUGAACAUGACUCUUCCUACCAUAUUCCCACUAUUAUGAUGCGCGGGACCAACAUGCCUUCCAAAGAAAGGGAAAAGGAUUCAGUUGACUCAAUUUGCCGCACUGAAGGCUGCAUUGUUCCUGAUCAUCACCGUUGGCUUCUCCAGAGUGAGAAAUUUUCCAGACAAUGUUGUGGUGCCAACUUAAUGUGCUCUACCUGUCAUGUUGAAAUCUCAUUCCCAUGCUCUCAUGAUCCUGCAUGUCAGUGGAGAGUUAGUUCCAUAGGUGACUGCAAAGAUUGCCGGAAGGGUGGAAGCCGUUUAAAAUCUAAGCAAGAGGCUGCCGCGACAUUUGAAUCAAUUCAGACAACAAGAAAAAGAACCGACACAAUCGUGAGCCAUCCCCAGCGUACCAAGAGACACAAAAAGCUGAAAAAAGAAAAGAAUUGUACUACUAGUAGUACGCGUACGGGCACCCCGUCCCAAUUGGCCGAUAAUGCCUUGCUUCAGGAAGACAAGAACUUCCGCAAAAGUUGGGUUAGGGUUAUCCAAGAUUAUGGAACAACAAAGCUUCAAAGGAAACCAUGGAUGAAGACUCUCUGUAUGAAAUUGGACAGCAAGCAGCAGCAUGUGUUUGUGAAUUUGAAGACCUAUGCAAAAGGGGUACCAAUCAAAUUUGUCAUGAUGCGAGGCACAAACAUGCCCUGCCAACCAAAGAACAGGUAUUCCAUAGACUCUACUUGCCGAACUCCGAACUGCAUCAUUGCUGACCAUCAUCGUUGGAUGCCAAGACAGGAGAAAUGGUCCAGGGAAUCGUGUGGUGCCAGCCUCAUGUGCCCAACAUGUCACCUUGAAAUCCCAAUGCCCUGUUCUCACAAUCCUCCUUGUGAAUGGAGAGUUGUUUCCAAAGAAAUGUGCUCAGUCUGCCAGAGCCAAGAGUAA